UAGGGUUCUUGGGAAAAAUGGAGGGAUUCCAGAGCAGAUUGGAUCAGGUGUUUGGCGGGCUGGGGAAUGGAAGCGCGCCAUCGCUGUGGUCCGUCAGUGGCACGCAGCUGGAGCGGCAGCAAUGGCGGCCAGCGGCGAACAGUGACGACGAGGACGAAGGGCCGACUUGCUCGUCGAGUUUUAGGUCUGAGGAGGAGCAGGCGACGAAGAGGGUGAGGCAGGACGAGAAUGGGGACGAGAAUGUGGACGAAGAAGAAGAGAUGAUUCGAGUGCAAGCUAUGGUCGGCAUGGACACCACUCUGGAUUACGAGGAUGAAGAGGACGAGUAUGAUAAGGUGGCUGUGGGAAGAGAGGGCGCUGGUGAUCGGCUCUACACAAGCGAUGUCAAGGCAAGUUUUGACAGCUUGAGUGUUCUUUCCGGCGCCAGCUUUAUGGCUCGAGAUGAUCUAGCAUCGCGCAAAGCAGCAGCAGCAGAUCGUCUCGCAGAAGCGAGAGAAGCCAAGAUCAAUGGCACCACACCGGAUUUGCAUAGGACCGGGGAUUUGUACAGGAGAACUUCGAGUUCCAGGCCGAAAAGUAGUGGUGAUGGAACUCGGACUUCCGACUCUAGUGACAAGAGGAAGAACGAAAGCCGUGACGAUCGUCCACAGAAGAAGGUCAGGUUUGCAGUAGAGGAGGAGAACCAGAAAACGCGAAGAACUCCGAGAGAUGAUGGUGGUCAUCGCCAGAGAGCUGGGAUCGAUCGCUACAGAAACGUUCCUCAUCACGUAAGGCAUCCAGAGAAGUAUACGCACUACACUCUUGACUGGGGGGAAGAAGGCAAUAGCAACAACGUCCAGGCGUGGCAAUCCACCAUGGCGGCCAUCAAUUCUACCAAGAAUGAAGGAGAAGGAGAGCAGCCUUUUGAGCUUCCACAGCACGUCCCCUUCGUUCCUCGAGCCAACAAAGAGAGAGCUGGAUCAUCCAAGCCUGGUGGAUCGACCAAGGACUCGACUACUCCAAGCGGCAGCGCUACUUCUGUGAGCUUCGCCGUUAGAGGAUUGGAAGACGAGGGUGUGGCCAUGGAAGAAAACGCACAGUCGAGCUCCAAGAACCAGAAAAGUCGAAGCUAUCGAUCCAGGAUCACGGAAGAGUGAUGGGAGAAGAUCUUCCAGUAUACAAAACCUCACUCUGUUUGUUACUAUAUAGUUGUCACAAAUCGAAGGACGGAAAAUCUAAAGCUCCAUUGCCAUC